GAAGUGAGUGAGCAUUUCCGGCGGCCAUUCCCGCGGCGCUGACACCUCCGUCGUACAGCUGUCCCUGGCUCUUCCUGCCGUCAUGAAGGACGUUCCUGGCUUCUUACAGCAGAGCCAGAGCUCCGGGCCCGGCCAGGCCGCCGUGUGGCACCGUCUGGAGGAGCUCUACACGAAGAAGUUGUGGCAUCAACUGACACUCCAGGUGCUUGAUUUUGUGCAGGACCCAUGCUUUGCCCAAGGAGAUGGCCUCAUAAAGCUUUAUGAAAACUUCAUCAGUGAAUUUGAACACAGGGUGAACCCUUUGUCCCUGGUAGAAAUCAUUCUUCAUGUAGUUAGACAGAUGACUGAUCCUAAUGUGGCUCUUACUUUUCUGGAAAAGACUCGUGAAAAGGUGAAAAGUAGCGAUGAGGCAGUGAUCCUGUGUAAAACUGCGAUUGGAGCUCUAAAAUUAAACAUCGGGGACCUACAGGUCACAAAGGAAACCAUUGAAGAUGUGGAAGAGACGCUCAGCAGCCUCCCUGGUGUGACGUCGGUUCACAGUCGUUUCUACGACCUCUCCAGUAAAUACUAUCAAACAGUCGGGAACCACGCAGCCUACUACAGAGAUGCCCUGCGGUUCCUGGGCUGUGUCGACAUCAAGGAUCUGCCAGUGUCUGAGCAGCAGGAGAGAGCUUUCACGCUGGGACUAGCAGGACUGCUUGGCGAGGGAGUUUUUAACUUUGGAGAACUUCUCAUGCACCCCGUGCUGGAAUCACUGAGGAGCACUGACCGGCAGUGGCUGAUUGACACCCUUUACGCCUUUAACAGUGGCAACGUGGAGAGAUUCCAGACGCUGAAGACCGCCUGGGGCCAGCAGCCUGAUUUAGCAGCCAACGAACCCCAGCUUCUGAGGAAAAUUCAGUUGUUGUGCCUCAUGGAGAUGACUUUCACACGACCUGCCAAUCACAGACAACUCACUUUUGAAGAAAUUGCCAAAAGUGCUAAAAUCACCGUGAACGAGGUGGAGUUGCUGGUGAUGAAGGCGCUCUCGGUGGGUCUGGUGAAAGGCAGCAUUGACGAGGUGGCUAAGCGGGUUCACAUGACCUGGGUGCAGCCCCGAGUGUUGGAUCUGCAGCAGAUCAAGGGGAUGAAGGACCGCCUGGAGUUCUGGUGCGCUGACGUGAGGAGCAUGGAGAUGCUGGUGGAGCACCAGGCCCACGAUAUCCUCACCUAGCGCCCCCGCCUCACCAUCUGUGGCAGCUGAGAAGAUCUGCGUGUAGUUGGGGGUGGGGGGCGGGAUUCUGUUUGUUCUUCCUGCUGUGAAAACAGGACUGUCACUGAUGGGGGGGGCCUGGCCACAGAGAGAAGCCUCCUUCAUGGGUGUCUCCCAUAGCCCACAGUGGGGGCGUCACGGGUCUCCAGUGACGAGGCGGGCAAGAGUGUGCACGUGCCCCAAGGAAGGAGAAGGAGUAGCCCUGAAGUGUGUGGGGACACCACUCGGAUGCUUGUCUCUACAUCCACCUGUGGACAUCUCUGGUGGCGUAUGAGAAUGUUCCUAUAAUAAACGCCUUUGUUUUGUCC